UGACUCGCUCAACAGUACAAAGAGUUAUAGAUUACACACAGGGAACUCCCUACAGGACGUGCAGUUUUUCACUUUGCCAAAUGCCGCCGACUAUCCCUGUUCUCCAAGUAGCAGAGCACGAACUAACCAACCCGAACCCCCAAAUCUGGCCCAGUGCCCAGCUUUCCCCUUGGAUAGGCUUACGCUGCGAUCUAUCAGAAAUGACCCGCCCCGAUAGCCACGCCCUUAGAAGAUUUACCAAUCAGAGAAUACGCUUUAUUUAUUUAUUUAUUUAUUUAUUUGCAACAGAAGGAAAAAAAACGCGACCACCCGGCUGCUUCCUUAACUAAUUCUUUACCUAUAUCUUUAAAGCCGGGUGGGCGAGGCUAGUUGUCAUGGUGACACCAGGCGCCGGGAGAUGGCGUGUGGGCUGUGUGAAGCCUUAGCAAGAUGGCGGCGCUGGAGGUGGCGGAGAGGCCUCAUGUGCCUCAAAUGGACUGCUAUGUAAUUCACGAGGUCUAUGAUGGUGACUUUUCUCAAGAGCAAUUUGAAGCAGAGCUGGAUGCUGCCCUAGAGCACCAAUAUCGUUAUAUUGUGAUUGAGCCUGCAAGGCUAGGAGACGAAACUGCCAGGUGGAUUUCAGUGGGUAACUGUCUGCACCGAACAUCUAUCGUAACUGGAGUUGUCUGUCUAUUGUCACCUCUUGGUCUACCUCCUAACUCUGCUUACUACUUAGGGCUGCCAGCUGGAGCAAUGAGUGUGGCCUGUGCUGCUCUUUAUGGUGUCUCUUGGCAAUCUGACCCAUGCUGCAAUUAUCAGGUGGAUUACAGCGGGCGUGAGCUUGCACUUUUGCCUCCUGGGACCUUAAGGACUUCAUCUCCAGUUGUCCUGCUUCGGAAAGAGAAUACACAACGGAAGCGACUGCACAAUGUUAUUGCACUGACUGCCCUUGCAUAUUGUGUCCAGAAGCUGUUUGAGUUGUGCACAGACUGAAAAUUCUAAAAGUCCUUACAAAUAGCUUAUUUGCCAAAAAGCAAACCAUAAAUAACGCUGCUCCAAGUAUAAAGUAUUGUUGCAAUAUUAGUAAUUCCUUUGCUGCACUGGGACAAAACUAAGGUUACAGUCAGGAAAAAAACACCUUUGCAGAAAACAAACGCAUGGUGCUUGUUGGAAUAACUAAGGAUCAAAGUUAUAAAGUUACAUAUGAUAACCUCAGGGAUUAUUUUAAUAAUGCGUCAUUCAGUCAUAAAAGUUAUACUUUAUGUCCUUGAUCUGCUCAGGGAUUGUGGGAGUUGUAGUUUAGCAGCUGCAGGUGAGUGGUAGAUAUGAAGGUCCAUGGUUUAGAUCUGCAGCAAGAUGUGACUUUAGAAGUCAUACCAUUGGCAACUGAAGUACAAGAUAAGAUAUAGGUCAACUUUUCGGUCUUUUCCCAAGACCUUUAUUAAGGUCUUGAUAAAGGUCUUAGGAAAAGACGGAAACGUUGACCUGCUUUUAAACAUGCAUUAAAUAAAAGGCUCCCGGUUUGCACCUAAUUUUUUUGGAAUUUUGUAUACAGCAUUCGGAUGGUAGCACGUGGGUCAGAUGUUCAUCGUUUAGUGGGUGUGCUGAACAAAUUGGACUAUUUAUAUAUAUAUAU